AAAAAAAAAAGUUCGAAAAAUCGGCUAAAGUUUGCGUUCAUUCGUUUUAGCAACUUUCGCUGCUUAGCAUUCGAAUCGAAUCGAAUCGAACCGAACCAAACCCUUCCCCCUAGGUUCUUGAUCCCCCUCGCUCUCUCUUCUGAGUCUUCUCUGCUUGCAGCUCCUCCAACCGUCGCCGCGAUCUCGUGUAGUAGGUAGGAGGCAAGAUAUGUCGAGGUUCCAUGUGGAAGGGAAAGUGGUGGAAAGUGUUGAUUUGUUGAGGAAGAGACACUGGCCAUGGAGAUUGGAUGUAUGGCCCUUUGCUAUUAUUUAUGUUGUGUGGUUAACCACCAUUGUUCCUAGCAUAGAUAUUGGGGAUGCUGCCAUUGUUUUGGGUGGAGUUGUAGCUCUUCACGUUCUGGUCUGGCUCUUUACGGCUUGGUUUGUCGAUUUCAAAUGCUUUGUCAAAUAUAGUAAGGUUACUGAUAUUCACCAAGCAGAUGCAUGCAAGAUUACUCCGGCCAAGUUUUCUGGUUCUAAAGAAGUAGUGGCUCUUCAUUUUCGUAAAUUACCAGCAGGUUCUUCAUCACCAGUGGAUUUGGAAGAGAUAUACUUUGAAUUCAGAAAGCAAUGCUUCAUCUAUUCAAGGGAAAAGGAGACCUUUUGCAAGCUUACUUACCCUACCAAGGAAACCAUUGGUCGCUAUCUCAAAAGCACUGGCCAUGGCUCUGAAGCUAAAGUUGUUACUGCUACUGAAAAAUGGGGACGAAAUGCAUUUGAUUACCCCCAACCUACCUUCCAGAAAUUAAUGAAAGAGCACUGCAUGGAACCCUUUUUUGUAUUUCAGGUGUUCUGCGUUGGUCUAUGGUGUUUAGAUGAGUAUUGGUACUACAGUUUGUUCACCCUAUUCAUGCUGUUUAUGUUCGAGUCAACAAUGGCAAAAAGUCGGCUAAAGACUUUGACUGAGCUAAGACGAGUUAGAGUGGAUGGCCAGACUCUCAUGGCAUAUCGAUGUGGGAAAUGGGUUAAACUCUCUGGUACUGAUUUAUUGCCUGGGGAUGUUGUCUCCAUUGGGCGUUCUUCUGGUCCACAUGGAGAAGAUAAGUCUGUACCAGCAGACAUGCUUAUAUUAGCUGGAAAUGCUAUUGUGAAUGAAGCCAUUCUCACAGGCGAGUCUACCCCACAAUGGAAGGUUUCAAUCAUGGGAAGAGGUAUUGAGGAAAAGUUAUCGAUUAAGAGAGAUAAAAGUCAUGUUUUAUUUGGUGGGACUAAGAUAUUGCAGCAUACUCCUGAUAAGACCUUUCCCCUGAAGACUCCUGACGGUGGCUGUAUAGCUGUUGUUCUGAGAACUGGAUUUGAAACAAGUCAGGGAAAGCUGAUGCGAACAAUUUUAUUUUCUACGGAGAGGGUUACUGCUAACAGCUGGGAAAGUGGGCUAUUCAUUUUAUUCUUAGUCAUAUUUGCAGUAAUAGCGGCUGGUUAUGUACUUAAGAAGGGGUUAGAGGAUCCCACGAGGAGCAAGUACAAGCUUUUUUUGAGUUGUUCACUUAUUAUCACUUCUGUCAUCCCUCCUGAGCUGCCAAUGGAAUUAUCAAUAGCUGUUAAUACAUCUCUGAUUGCUUUGGCACGGCGUGGAAUAUUUUGUACAGAGCCAUUCCGAAUACCGUUUGCUGGGAAGGUUGAUAUAUGCUGUUUUGACAAAACUGGAACACUUACAUCGGAUGACAUGGAGUUCUGUGGAGUUGGUGUGUUAACGGGAAAUGUGGAUUUAGAAUCUGAUAUGUCUAAAGUGCCUCUACGUACUGUGGAAAUUCUAGCUUCUUGUCAUGCCCUUGUGUUUGUCGACAACAAGCUGGUAGGUGAUCCUCUGGAGAAGGCCGCACUUAAGGGAAUUGAUUGGAGUUAUAAAUCAGAUGAGAAAGCCAUGCCAAAAAAGGGAAGUGGCAAUGCUGUUCAGAUUGUUCAGCGUCAUCACUUUGCAUCCCACCUGAAACGAAUGGCAGUUGUUGUUCGCAUUCAGGAGGAGUUUUUUGCUUUUGUAAAGGGUGCCCCUGAAACUAUUCAGGAUAGACUUAUUGAUGUGCCAUCAUCAUAUGUUGAGACCUACAAGAAAUAUACACGUCAAGGGUCUCGUGUCCUAGCUCUUGCUUUCAAGUCCCUUCCAGAUAUGACAGUUAGUGAAGCUCGAAGCUUGGAUAGAGAUAUAGUGGAGAGUGGCCUUACUUUCGCUGGUUUUGCGGUAUUCAACUGUCCUAUUAGAGCUGAUUCAGCCAGUGUCUUAUCUGAAUUAAGGGGAUCGUCGCAUGACCUGGUGAUGAUUACUGGUGACCAAGCUCUGACAGCUUGCCACGUUGCUAGCCAAGUUCAUAUCAUAUCAAAACCUGCAUUGAUUCUUGGUCCAGCAAGGAAUGGUGAUGGGCAUGAGUGGAUAUCCCCUGAUGAGACAGAGACUAUUCAGUACAGUGAGAAAGAAGUUGAAGCCUUAUCAGAGACUUAUGAUCUCUGUAUUGGUGGGGACUGCAUCGGAAUGUUACAGCAGACAUCUGCUGUUCUACGAGUGAUUCCUUUUGUGAAGGUUUUUGCAAGAGUUGCUCCUGAGCAAAAAGAACUAAUCAUGACCACUUUCAAAAUGGUGGGAAGGAUGACAUUGAUGUGUGGGGAUGGAACUAAUGAUGUUGGAGCUCUGAAGCAGGCCCAUGUGGGAGUUGCUCUUCUGAAUGCAAUACCUCCAAGUCAAAGUGGAAACCCUUCUUCCGAAACGUCCAAGGAUGAAAGUACAAAGUCUAUCAAGUCAAAAAAAUCUAAGCCCACAUUGGAAGCAACUGGAAAAGCUUUGGUUCUGAAUGGAGAAGGCUCUUCAAAAGGUAAAGGUAGCUCAAAAUCGGACGCCACCAACAUCUCUACUGGUAAUCGCCAUCUGAGCCCUGCAGAGAUUCAACGACAAAAGCUGAAGAAGAUGAUGGAUGAGCUAAAUGAUGAGGGUGAUGGUCGCUCAGCUCCCAUUGUGAAGCUUGGUGAUGCCUCUAUGGCAUCACCAUUUACUGCAAAGCAUGCAUCGGUUGCCCCCACCAUGGACAUUAUUCGUCAGGGUCGCAGUACUCUAGUGACUACCCUCCAGAUGUUCAAAAUACUUGGCCUUAACUGCCUUGCUACGGCGUAUGUGUUGAGUGUUAUGUAUUUGGAUGGUGUCAAACUUGGAGAUGUUCAGGCUACAAUCAGUGGUGUAUUUACUGCUGCCUUUUUCCUUUUUAUCUCACAUGCCCGCCCCCUUCCCACCCUUUCAGCUGCACGGCCCCACCCUAAUAUCUUUUGCUCCUACGUCUUCCUUUCUCUCAUGGGACAGUUUGCUAUCCACCUAUUUUUCUUGAUUUCUUCCGUGAAGGAGGCUGAGAAAUACAUGCCAGAAGAGUGCAUUGAGCCAGACUCUAGUUUUCACCCCAAUCUGGUGAAUACGGUUUCAUACAUGGUGAACAUGAUGCUCCAGGUGGCUACCUUUGCCGUGAACUACAUGGGACAUCCUUUCAACCAGAGCAUCUCAGAAAACAAGCCAUUUUUGUUUGCACUUUUGGGUGCUGUUGGUUUUUUCACGGUUAUAACUUCUGAUCUGUUCAGGGACUUGAAUGACUGGUUGAAGUUGGUGCCUUUGCCAGUGGGAUUAAGGAAUAAGCUAAUGGUAUGGGCUUUCCUCAUGUUUUUGUGCUGCUACUCCUGGGAGAGAAUCUUGAGGUGGAUUUUCCCUGGUAAGAUUCCAGCCUGGAAGAAUAGACAGCGGCUUGCUGCAGAUAAUCUAGAGAAGAAGAAACAUGCAUGAGUGAAAAAGAACAUUGGACUGACGUGGAAAGAACUGCAUUGUGCAUCAUUUUAAUGGCUAUAUGAUUGGUGCCAAUGGUACUGUAGAAUCAGAGGCGGAGCCGUUGAAAGGGAGAUAGUUGAAUGGCUUUACUUUUAUGACAGUUUCCUCAGUUUAAAUUUUGUCGAAAAAUAUGAAUCAUCUAUAUAUUGCUGAGAAUUUGAUGUCUAGCACGGACUAGUUUCUCCUCAUUAACUGUGAUUUGAGAUGCAUUUUUUGACGUAGGAGAUUCAUAGCGGAUGGUUUCUGCUUUCACAGCUUGUCAUGCCUGACAUAAAUGGAUCCCACAUUCCUUGUAUUACGAUUAAAAAAAAAAAAAAAACAGUUGAUACAGAGAUUGUUCCUUUAA